GGUUUUUCUAAAUCAAUGCCUCACGAGCUCCUUAAAAGUCGACUGCCGUGCAACAGAAAAAUUGACACCAGUCGAAGAGUUUAUUAUAACAAUCCGAACAACAGUCUUCUCACUAAUAGCUCUUUAACCAAUGAUAUGUCUAUUCAAUCGUCAUUCUGGGAAUCGACGAAAUACCCAACUUCAAACGGAUUAAAAACUUUACGUAAACAACAAAGUUUUGACUUUUCAACUUGCACUGGAAGCCUCUCUCUUGGUUCUUCAAUGGCCUCCAGUUCUUCACUAUUCAGUAACAGUUCUAACAGUAGUAGAAACCUAUUUGAUCCCAUCUCCUCCUCCUCACGAAGUAAAUCGGGCAGUAUAAGCUCAGGCUACGGUAGUCGAGCGAGUAAUAGUCUCGAUUUAGCGGAGGUCUUAACCCGUUUGGGCCUUGCAAAGUAUAUUGAUUAUUUUCAACGUGCUGAUAUCGAUUUUAAUACUUUCUUAAAUUUUAACGACGCCGACCUCGAAGAACUUGGUAUACCUUACUUUGGACGCCGGAAACUAUCAAGUGCUAAACUUGAUUGUAAACGGAUCCUUAGGGAACAAGGAUCAAUUUCACCGUUUAACCAUUUUGAAGCUGCUCCGGGCGCAGAGAGAAGCCGAAAAGUGAAGAACAUUGUUUAUAAAUUGAAUUAUUCUCGUUUUCACCUUAAAUUUUUUAUGUGUUGACCUUAUUUUGUAAAC